AUGGAGCGAUACGAACGAGGUGAUGUCUUGGGUGAAGGUACAUUUGGUAUCGUGUACGCUGCUGUACAGAAAAGUACAGGACGUCCCGUCGCUAUAAAACAUUUUAAACGUGGUAAAUUUAAAGACGGGGUUAAUUUUACAGCUUUACGUGAAGUGAAGCUACAAGCUGAGCUUAAACACGUGAAUGUCGCGGAACUUUUGGAUGUUUUUGUUGCUCAUGAUACAAUGAACCUUGUAUUUGAAUUAUUACCAAAUAAUCUGGAUAAUGUCAUUAAGGAUAAAACCGUGGUAUUGACAGCUGCUGAUAUCAAGAUGUACAUGCAGAUGUUACUACAAGGUCUUGCCUAUUGUCACGAACAUUACGUAUUACAUCGUGAUCUCAAGCCCGAUAACUUGCUCAUUGGACCUGAUGGUCAUGUAAAGCUUGGAGAUUUUGGUCUUGCUCGAGUGUUUGGAAGCCCUAAUCGCAAUAUGACGUCCAUGGUAUGUACUAUUUGGUACCGUCCACCAGAACUGCUCUUUGGAGCGAGAGAGUAUAGUGGAUCAGUGGAUAUGUGGGGUGCUGGCUGUAUUUUCGCGGAACUUAUGCUACGGAUGCCGUAUCUGACGGGAUUGAAUGAGCUGGAUCAGUUAGGAAAAAUCUUUCAUGCACUUGGGACUCCGACAGAGGAAGACUGGCCUGGUGUAAGCUCGUUGGCCAAUUUUGUCGAGUUUACACCGAGCACAGCUCCAUCAUUGGCAUCCAUUUUCUCAGCGGCAUCAGAGGAUGCAUUGGAUCUGCUGGGCAAGUUAUUAAAGUACAACCCAGCGGAACGGAUCACUGCAGCUGAAGCGUUGAAGCACCCAUAUUUUACAAACUCGCCGGCACCCACGCCGGUCGAGAAGCUGCCGUCCACGCCUUCACCGUCGCAAAGCUUAAAUACCAGAACAUAA